AUGUCUAACUCUCUCGAGCAGCUCAAGGCCUCUGGCACUGUUGUCGUCUGUGACUCAGGCGACUUCGCUACCAUGGCCAAGUACAAGCCCCAAGAUGCCACCACCAACCCCUCCCUGAUUCUCGCUGCCUCCAAGAAGCCCGAGUACGGCGCUCUCCUCGACGCCGCCAUCGCUGAGGCCAAGAAGGGCCCCGGCUCCCCUGAGGAGAAGGUUGAUGCCGCUCUCGACUACCUCCUUGUCCAGUUCGGCAAGAAGAUUCUCGAGAUCGUCCCCGGCAAGGUCUCCACUGAGGUCGAUGCCGCCCUCUCCUUCGACACCAAGGCUUCGGUCGACAAGGCUCUUCACAUCAUCAAGCUCUACGAGGCCGAGGGUAUCUCCAAGGACCGUAUCCUGAUCAAGAUCGCCUCCACCUGGGAGGGUAUCAAGGCCGCCGAGAUUCUCCAGCGUGACCACGGCAUCAACACCAACCUUACCCUCAUGUUCUCCCUUGUCCAGGCCAUCGCCGCCGCCGAGGCCGGUGCCUUCCUCAUCUCCCCCUUCGUCGGCCGUAUCCUUGACUGGUUCAAGGCUUCCACCAAGAAGGACUACUCCAAGGAGGAGGACCCCGGUGUGCAGUCCGUCAAGCAGAUCUACAACUACUACAAGAAGUUCGGCUACAAGACCAUUGUCAUGGGCGCUUCUUUCCGCAACACUGGCGAGAUCACUGAGCUCGCUGGCUGCGACUACCUUACCAUCUCCCCCAACCUCCUUGAGGAGCUCCUCAACUCCGACGCUUCCGUCCCCCAGAAGCUCAACGCCGACGGCGCCACCAACCUCUCGCUCGAGAAGAAGAGCUACAUCAACAGCGAGGCCAACUUCCGCUUCGACUUCAACGAGGACCAGAUGGCCGUCGAGAAGCUCCGCGAGGGUAUCUCCAAGUUCGCUGCUGAUGCCGUCACCCUCAAGGACAUCAUCAAGAAGAAGCUUUCCGAGUAA